UAAUGCUUUGCAUGGCCAGCUAGUUACUAGCAUGUGCGUUAGUGAUAGUCGCGUUGUCAUCUGUUUGGAAUGAUCGUGCGAUGUUACUCGAAAAGUUAACCGGGCUAGACACCGGUGGCCGAUACCUACGUCACAUAGUGCAUUUUUCGUGAGACUGUGAGUUCGCAAAGAAAAAAGAAAAGGAAACGGAGAAACGACGCUACUCGGAAAGACGGAUAGAGACGGAGUGAGAGAGACACGGUGGCAGACAGGGCGAAAGAUAGGGAGGAAGAACAUUGACGAACAGAACUCGUCGGCAGAAUCGAAAUAACGUGGAAUUUUUCGUUCCAUCGCCUCCCGGUAACUUCAACUUUCUCUGUCGACGUUUCCUCACUUUACAGACUGAGAAAACGAAGGAAAAAACGGAUCGUCGCGGUGGCACCGUGCGCGGCAGUGCAGCAACAGCGUACCAAGAUGCUGUCGUCAGUGUCAGCGAAAUAAUAAUGUGGUGCGACGUCGGUCAGCAUAAAACUAAUGAAAGGGAAGAUGUUUUGGGCUUAAAGAGUUGUGCAAUGAUGGGUCUGCAGGCGACGGCAGGAAAACGUAAAUUAGAGGGUGGUGUUGGCUGCAUGGAAUUUCACAUGGAGUUAGGCGAGAGUCCGUCGAAGCUCGGACGCGUAGAUGGUAACUGGUGGGCGAUGGACGACGGUUAUGGGACAUCCCUGAAUCAAACGUCGACAUCGUAUUACGAGAUGGAAAUGAGCUCACCCUGUCUACAGGCGGCGAAUCCAUGUCAACCUGCGGUGACGAGUUCUCCGCAGUCACAGCAGCAGCAGCAACAUUCGUUGCAGCAUCAUUCAUCUUCCCAAUCGUCCCAGCAAUCGCAGCAACAACAAUCGCAGCAGCAGCAACCGCAACAACAAUCGCAGCAGCAGCAGCAACAGCCGCAGCAGCAGCAGUCACAAUCACCGGCGUCACCAUCGACAUCGGUUUCGCCCACGGUGACGCAGUUGCAACAUUAUUACCAUCAACGCAUCGUCAGCCCCAUCAGUAGCAACAAUUACAAUCAGUUGUCAAGAUCUCAACCACAGUGGGGUGUCCUUCAUCAUUAUGAACCGCCGACGAUACGCCGCGAGGAAAACGGCAAGAGUUAUUUGGAACUCGGUUCAAGUUACCGGACGAACGAGCGAUGUUGCGAGGGCUCAAAAUCCAUCUGGUGUCGGCGUGGCCGGGCCUGCUACCGGCAGCGACGACUCGCCGUGCUUAAUAUCUCCAUGUGCAAGCUCGCCAGGUACCGCCAGUUCCCGGAUCCAAGCCUCCACCGAUCGGUAUUGAUCUGCAACACCCUGAGACACCUCGAGCGCGAAAUGGAGAGAGAUAGAAGUCCUCCGCCCAUGGAACCGGUCGUACCGGCACCGAUAGCUCAAUUGCAACCACCCGAGCAGGGCAGAUUAACGCCUUUUCCCGUGUUACCAAUGUCAUCGGGCGAGACCGAUGUCGAUUCUGGCAUUGGUGACAGCGACGACAGCCGAUCGAUCAACUGGGGCAGCGUGUUGUCUUUAUCAAGUCAGUCGCCGCUUGACCCACUCAACAACAACGAAUUACUGGACGUGGACAUAACACCUGAUCUAGACUUGGACUUUAUGCCCGGAUGGAAGUUGACGUCUCUUUCGGCGGACGAUAUUCUGAGAAGUACAACGAUCCAAGACCAGCACCACCAUCAUCACCACCACCACCACCACCAUCAUCACCACCACCACCACCAUCAUCAGCAUCAUAACCAGCAGCAGCAACAACAGCAACAACAACAACAAUCACAGCAACAUCUAAUAUCGGGAAGCAGCUGCGGCAGCUGCUGUGGCAACAGCAACGUUGUUUGCAGUGCUGGCGUUAGCAACGUCACUAGCAGCAGUAGUACGCACGAAUCUCUAAUGUGCGUAGGAUCAUAGCCCUCAACUUUGACGUCGUUGAGUCACCUCAUCGAUUUUUAUCCGCUGAUGCCGCAGGGCAAGUAGAUUAUUCACAGUAGCGGUGAACGCGCGUGGCAAUCCGCGGAUCGCGGAUCGCGGGGAGGCACACGGAUAAAAGACGAUGAUGAAGCUUGCCCUUUCUACGGAGCGCUCGACGUCCGGCUGGCGAUUCUCGGAGAGUCGCUUCCCUUUUUCGCGUUAAUUUAUUGUUGCGUCAAUUACACAUACGUGUAUGCGCGCGCGCGCGCACGCAAACACACACACACACACACACACACACACACACAAAUACACACACGUACAGGCAGGCGAGUACAUAUACCUCCGAUACAUUUCGUGACACGUUUGUGUUCUUUCUCCGCCCCUCUUACUAUUGCUGCUACCACUACCACCACCAUUAUCAUCACUACUGCUAAUCCUAUUAGUCAACCGUUACUUCUAUUUACUAUGAAUCCGCGACUAUUUACCACUAUCGUUACCGUUACUUCUAAUACCAUCGUUCUAUUGCUAGUACUACUAUUAUUACUAUUACUACUAUUACUACUACUACUAUUACUACUAUUACUACUACUAUUACUAUUCUACUACUAUUAUUACUGCUAUUGCGAAUCAACUGUUGUCUCUCAACGUAUCUGUUCUUCGAGGGACGGACGCGCGGCGUUUGUAAGUGGAGAUAAAAUAGAGCAUACUGAGGGCUUAAGGGACAAGUGAAACGCGGGGAGAGAAAAAGAGCGGGAGAGUAAAGGAGAGAUCAAAUUGAAAGGUCCUUCGCUGUCCGCACAGAGUGGACUGCAUGCUGCUACUUGCAUUCUUAGAUCUUGAAGUACACUCAAAAGAACAUUCGGGGGUGGGGUAUUCACAUCGAGCUAAUGCGUUGCAUCGUUAUUACAACAUUUUGCUAUAAAACUUCGCGAAUUGUUGCAAUUCAUGUAUCACGAGAUAAGUUGGUGCAAAAUUUGUAAAAAUUGUCAAUGAUUAUCAAUUUCCUAACAACCGCAUUUGUCAUAGACGGAACAUGUUCCCAUUUCGUGAAAGAUUGGGACAAUUUGUAGUUGCAUCUGCGGGCUUGAAGGUCAACGUAUGAGAGUUUGAAAAAAUGUAUAAAAGAACGCAUAAAAAAAUUUUGUCAGAACAAAGGAGGGAAAUUGGGGGGGAAGAACAAUCUUAGAUGUAAAAUUUUCGAGAGGGAUUAGAAAACGACAAGAAUCAUCAUCAUCAUCAGAGGAGGAGGGAUCCUUCUAAGAUCCUUGAAGGCACUUUUCAUGAUCUUCAGGGAUCUUCAUGACCUGAAGAAUCUGCUCUCUCCAUUUCUCUCUCUUUCAUUUUUCUCUCUGCGUCUUCGUUUAUAAAUUGUAGCUGAAGUUGCUCAAGGAAACCAUCUAGGGAAUUUUUUUAAUGAAAUAUUUUCUGUAGAAGCCUGUGACUCUUGAAAAAAAAGAACACGAUCAAUUCACGAUAUAACGCCGUUGAUAUACACCACCUGCAUGUGCAUAUACAUGUAUACACACGUACACAAAACUACAUAAGUUUACACACACACACACACAUAUACCCAGAGUAUACAAAGAGAUUUAUAUAUAUGACCGCCAUGGCCUAUAUUACAUGCACGACGCGCAAAGAGACACGCGAAUUGCAAGUGCACGCAAAUCCGUACGGUGCUACAGGGCGGUUACAGUCUGGUGCUUCUUCCCUUGAAACAUACACAUACGUACAUGUAUAUGUAUAUACAUACAUAUAUGCUAAAUCAAACACGUACCGAAUUCGCACAGAUCGCUCAGUGUCUAUCGCUCCGGGGCGUCGCGAGCAUAAUGAGCACCCAAGUCGGAAACGUCGGUGUCUUGAUUCAAUCUUCAGUAUCAUUGUCAGAAACAAUUACCAGGAAAUCAUAAACGGGGAUUAAUUACAGUUAUGAGAGAUGCAACAGGCCAUGACACGUAUCUUGUGUGUGUGCGUGUGUGUGUAUGCGUGCGUGCGCGGGUGUAUAUGUGAGAGGAGAAAAAGAUGAAUGUAUCCCAAGGAAAUUAACGCGAGACGCCGGCGUCUCCGCGCGGAUAUCUAUCUCAUGUUCCGACGUGUUUCGACGUCGAUAAAUGUACCUGCAUUUUUAGGGAUCGGGAUAAUGUUCUCUCCUUCGGAUCGUCGCACGACAGCCACUGCGCGUCACUGAUCUCUCGUAUAAUUGUAUCAUAUGUACAUAGCUCGCAUGAGCUAGAGUGGCUGACGUGCGCGCGCGCGCCUCAUGAAGGCGUGUGUACAUUCGAGGGUUAAGGUCGAUUAAAGCUUGCCCACUCUCGACGCAUCUCGGGUGCAUCUCUUCUCGCGUGAAUCCAUGCGCGACCUCAACGUCCACAAAUUAAUACGAGAGCAGCUAUACUUAACAGCUAAACGAUUUAAGAAAGUGUAACGUUACGAAGAGAACGUAAUGACUUAUCGACUCGACUGAUUACUUAAAUGAAUGAGUGAGGGGGAGAGAGAGGGUGAGAAAGAGAGAGAGAGAGAGAGAGGCAUGAAAGAAUCGAGAGGCACGUGUGUAUAAAAAUGAAUAGUAUAACUAAUGCGAUUGAUUUAAACUGCAAUUAUAUGUACGAUUUUAUUUUACGAUGAUAAGCGACAUGCGUACAAACACAAACACACAAACGUUUAUACGCAUUUGCAUUAUACAUACACAACACGUACGCGUACACAUACACGCACGCACGCACGCACCAUGCGCACACAGAGGGAGAAAGGAGGAGGGGAAGGGGCAAAUAUACACGAGAUGUAUUAGAAGUACUUGUGUGUGUAUAUAUACAUGUGCGUGUGUGUACAUGUAUGUAUAUAUACACACAUGUAACGUGCGUUAUUUAGACUAAGCUCUUAAAUAUAAAUGUAAAUCAUGAAUCGUCGAGGAAGAAAAACCCUUCACCUUCGUCCCACCCUGUGAGUCACAUCGUUCUCCUCGAUCCUUCGAAUUCGAUUUUCCAUUUUGUACCAUACUACGAUCAACAUCCCCUCAGACGUUCCUUCCUCCUUCUUUACCUCCGAUUCCGUUUUUCUUCUCUCGCGGUAGAACGCUUCCCUUUCUUCUUACGAUUUCUCCGUGGAAACGACGAGCAAUAUUACUGUUAACAAGCGCGGAGAAUUUAGGGGAAGAGCAUGUGUACAAAUCGAAAUGCAUCUGCGAAAUGCGCACUGCGAGUGUCACACACGAGACCUUUAUAUACGCGUUACGUAUGCAUCGUACGUACGUUGGGUGUUGAACGCUCGAUGUAUAUGUAGUAACGGUGUAGUAACGGUUUUACGCGAAUAAGACCACGCAUCUCAUUGUUCCGUUAAUCUUGAUACGGAGAGGCGCUGAAACUUAUAGGACAUAUUCGUAAAGAAAUUGAGCGGCAUCGAAGAAAUUGCAAAGACGGUGUUUCGCGCUAAUAGCCAUCUGCCGAUCUCCAUCUCAGUCUCGCGAUUUUAACCGGAAUUGGAUUUCAACGGCAGUUGCGAAAAAGAAAUGAUUGUUAACAAAUGAUGGUGAACAAAUUCAACAAACCAGAUCCGAUCGAUCGCGCGAUUGCCGCCGGAAUCGACGAUAGUUUCUACUCCGAGAUAAAUCACAUAUAAGCGGAUGUAAUUAAGAGAGAUCGAGAAACUAACAUUUUUCUCUUUCCAUAUCUGCGCGAUUCAUGUGGAAAAGUUUCCAUGUUUGUCGGCGUUGACGCGAGUCGAUCCGACGAAAAGUUAAUUGACAUGAUAAUGGCAGAUAGCGAUAAGAAAAUUUCCAUGUGAUUCCUUCGAGGAGAGACCCGCCGGCUGUAUCUACGAAACCGUUUCUCAGAUGCGGCGUCCGAAGGACAUUGUCGAGGUGUUUUUAAAGAUAACACGGAGAUGCCGAGUCUUGGAAAACUCCCUUAAACGUAUCCACUUUUUCGUCUCAUUUGGCUUCCUCGUGUAAAGCCGACGCGAAAACUGACCGUUGCCAGCACGUGAAGCUUCUUCUGCGAUCGCGCGGAUGCGUAACUCGCGAUCGGACACGCGUAUUUCGUGAAGUGCCUAAAAACCGCCGAAAAAAAAAGAAGAAAGUUACGGAUGUCAAACACGACAGCAUGAUCGCGUGCGCGCGCGCGCGCACCCCCGCGUAUGCCGCCUUCGGCACGCCGACGUGCAUGCAGAAGCGAUGCGCGACGUGACACUCUCUAACGACUGUCGCGUUUUUCUUUUUCACUUCUCUUUUCCGUUUCUACUUUAUUCCUCAUUUUCCUGUUUCCUUUCUUCUUUUGUACAUUGGGAUAUCGGAUGGAGGCGUUUGUAAAUAGUAUAAAUAAAUAACGCGUGCGCGGAAUUAUGUAUAAGUGAAAUAAAAAAAGAAGAUAUAAUAAGUCUAAUAUUGAGAAAAUCUAUAUAUAAAUAAGAUAUAAAUAUAUCUAUAUACAUAUACAUAUAUACAUAUACAUAUAAGAAAACCAAGUGUACGCGUGUGUACGUACAUAUACACACGUACACUUGCACUUGACGUAUACUCGUAUGCAUGUGCAUAUAUGUGUAUAUAUAUAUGUAUAUGUGUAUAUAUAUAUACACGUAUAUAAGAUUAUUAUAUAUGUAUAUAUUUAUCUUGAUAAAACUAAUACAAGGCGGACGGCGGAAACGCGAUUGAUCCUUCCUCAUCAUCGUAGCGUCUUUAAUAUAAAUGUUAUAAUUACGUACGCACGAGACGGUUCGCGAUCCUUCGAUCGCGUGAUUCGAAUAAUGUGACGAUUUACUUUACUCGAGUUGAAUAAUCGAGUUAAAUAAUCUAACGCUGCGGAUCUCGCAUAUCUGGCCGAUCGCGCAAGAUUAAAAAGCAUUAUACGUAGUAACGGUAUCCGUGAAACGCAAGAUUUAUCUCGUGCGGACGAUUCGCCAAGAUGCGCCGCGCUACGCUCGUAACGCGUUCCUGCUGGCUAUUAAUCGGGCUCUACGGCGAGGCUGACGAUGUCAACGAUAUCUCAGGUUUCUGUACAUAACUCCAUGUCCGAUGUGGAGAGUGAAUUAUUAGAUUUAUCUGACGAUGCGAGAUCCGAGCCGUCGUUGUGCUCUUCGUUCUUUUGAUUUUCUAUCUUCCUCGCUGGCUCUCUCUCGAUUGUACCCUCGGAAAGCGGGCAGCAAAAUUCCUAGGCGAGAGGGAUGACGGAGGGAGACCAGAUGAGAGGGGAAGCGAUCAAGCGCGUAUUCGGCGCCGUUAUAAGAAAAUUAGAGCGGAAAGGACGUGCACAUUGUACAUUGUAAAUAGUAGCGCGAAGAACGACAGUUACAGAGAGACAGAGUUAAUUAAUUUAAAGCAAAUGAGAGAGUGACAGAUAGAGAAAUAUAAAGUGGAAAGAGGCGGUCGCGAAUUGAGGCGACGUGCCGUCGGCCGUUUUUUCCAACAACCGCGCGGCAUGGCACAGCGCUUCCGGAAGUGUCGUAUGUGCAUAGCGGCGACGGGACGACGAGAACUCGCGAGCGACCUUUCCCGGUGCCGAUCGACCCUCGGUGCCAGCUUUCGCGAUGCAGUUUCCGUUGCGUUCAUAAGUGAGCAAACGAACGAAGCAAAAAACAAAUAAAUAAAUAAAUAACCGAACGAACUCUUCAGAUUCCUCAAAUCACCCGGCUUGAUUCUACCGUUGUCGCAGGCUCGCAACGCGCGUGCCACGUUUCGAUGGAAUUGAAUGGAGUACUAUCUGUGGACAGACGAGUAAUUUCAAUUUCGUUGACGACGAUACGCAUCGAUCACUCGUCGUAAUACUAACAACGUAGGGAGAGCGCGGCGUUGCGAGACUGAAAGAGAGAAUAAAAAAAAAAUACAAAUCGUAAUGAACGCGCGUGAUGAUCAUUGCGAGCUGGCUGGCAGUCAUCGCUGCUCGAGUAGACGAGACGGGAAACGUCGCCCAACGUGCGCGAGUCACAUUUCAGCGUCGGACCUACUUAUAUUUGCGCACAAAAACACCUGUGGUCCCCCAAUCAUUUAGAAAUUGAGAAAAAAAGGAAAAUCGGCGAAUGAGGGAACACGACAGAGGAAUCGCAAUUUACUCUAGUCCUACAUAUGCGAUCGAUGAAUGAUACGGCACACAUUCGCGAGUGCUCGCGAGUGAUCGGGCGUGUUGCCGUUUCCUUACAUUUUUUUCUCUUUAUUCUGGAAAUCGCGUGGAGUUGUGUAUCGCGUAAUGUUCUACCAAAAACAAACGAAAAAAA